AUGUCUUCCAUUCUUCUAGAAACCCUCAAGGUAGAUCUUCCUGUAGAUCUACAGAAGACUAUAGACUCGGAUCUGCAAUUGCGUACAGAAUCCGAGAAAUUCCUCCAGGAUCUUCUCAUCAACGACCAAUUGUUAUCCACAGAAACAUACACUACGACAACGAAUACGAGCGAAUUGAGCGAAAAUCAUAAACGUACUUUGAUUGAAGAGAUUGCUGAACUUGAUCUGAAGCAGCAUGACAUAAAUCUCAAGUUGGCAGCCAUCACAAAUGAAAAUAGAGACUUUAUCAUAGAUAUUAGCCAUGAUCUCAAUUCGUUCAACAAGACCGUAGAAACUGAUUACAAUCACGAAAUCGAUGCCAUGUUGAAAGUUUUGGACAUCGAAGCUCUGAAUGGCGUAGCCAGUAAUCGUUUCCAUGUUCUGAUCAAUGAGAAACUUACGGAUGCGAUUAAGAUCAACAAUUCGAUCUUGACCAAUAUUGAUUCUGUACUUGAUCUUUUAGAGUUGCCAACUUUGUGCAAGUUGUGCAUUCUUCAAGGAAACUACCAGGAGUCAUUAGAGAUUUCCAUUUUGGUCCAGGCGUUGCUCAUUAGAUUCCCCAAGUUGGUGAUCUUCCAAAGAAUGCAAGCACAGGUCGAACAGGAGUUGAAGCGUAUGGUGCGGGGCUUGAUCAAACUCUUGAAUACAAACCUCAAACAAAACAACAUCUUGAAAAUUUUCCAGAUCUUGAACAAGCUAGAUAUCUUAAGCUAUGGUUCAGAAAACACCUCUUCGAGUAAGUCAUCAUCUAGAGCUAUUUCCACGGCUGAUAAGCAGGUCCAGAAGGACAAAUUGCUAAAAAUCAUCUAUCUCAGUGCUCGUUUUAAAUUCAUCACCAGUGAAAUUGCAGCCUUGAAACCAUUGAUAAGUUUCAACAAGCUUUCGUAUUUGAAGCGGUUCAUUGAAAUAUACAGAGAGUACAUCUUCAAUUCUCUAUCUAUCUACUUCGCUAUAUUCGGCAUUUCGUCCAACUUGUCCAAUGCAACAUUGGAUACUUCUCAAGAGGACAACCUACUCAUCAACCAGUUCAUAAGAAAUCUUGCCUUACUUCUCGUGCAAAAUCUAAAGAAAUACCUCCCUGAAGUGUUCAGUGGAGAAGAAACAGAAACAGAACUUGAUAUACAAAGCAAGAAAAACGGAUUGAUACUACAAAUUAUAUAUCUUUGCAAGUCGCUCUCAAAGUAUAAAGUCGACUUCGAGCCCAUAAUAUUGCAUGAGUUGGUCUUCCAGCCUGAUUCCCUCAUUUCUGAACAAGAUUGGACUACAAAUAUUUCCAAGGUAAGGAAGUUUAGAAGCUGA